AUGGACCAAAUAUGUGUAAAAACACAUCAAUUUGGUCGUGGGGAUGUUUUCGGUGGUAUAUCAAGCUUAUAUACAUCUUUUCGCUAUUUAUUACGUAUUUCUGAUCAUUUAUCCAAUGAACAACUACGAAAAACUGUGGCUGAUUUUAUUCUGCAACAUGAAGAUAUGCAUUAUGAGGCGUUACGCUAUGUUCCUGUUGGCAAUACUAUCGAAUAUUGUUGUAAACAAAUUAAGAAUGGUAAUAUACAAAUUAUUGAUUUAGAAGUUCAGGCUCUAGUUAUGUUAUAUGGCAAAGCAAUAUAUUUAGUUUACAAGAGCGAUAAAUUGAAAAGCAUUGAAGUAUUUCCUUUCUUGGAUCAUGUAAAUAUGUCGUCAGAUACAAUGUGUAUUUAUAUCUUCUAUGAUGAAACAAAAUCCAGUUUUAAUCCAUUAUAUGUGACUACCGAAUGCAAGACAACAAAAAUAACAACUUUUAAUUAUAAUGAUAACGUAGUGAAAUCUCUUCUUCGUAAAUUUAUCAAAGAUGAUCUUAAAUAUAAAAAUGAUGUAAAAACAGAUGAUUAUGAUGAUAACAACAUAAAUAAAGCAACAUGUCCCACAGAAUACAAUCGUGAAUCGAAAUCUGUCUCAAGUUCAAUUCCUGCAAAUGAUAAUAACAAUUCAUCAUACGAGCAAAAAGCAACAGGUGAUAAAAAAUCAAUUUCAAGUGAUUAUAAUUAUUCCUCAUGUAAAAAUGGAAACAAAAAAGGAACUAAUGAUCUUAAAAUGUUUGGCCAUGUUAUAGUAAAGCAAGGAUUAUGCUUUAAAGAGCAAAGUAAUGUACGUAAAUGCACUAAAGAUUAUCAACUGGAAACAGGUCGACGAUCAACAUUAGAUAACAAAUCAUCAAGAAUUGGUAAUAAAAUAUCCGAAGUAACACAUAAAUUUCGUCGUGAAGAAGCUGAUCCUGAUGGUUCAUGUUUAUUUUGGAGUGUUGGCUACUUGGUUGGCUCAUUAAAAAACUCAACUGUCGAAGAUAUAUGUAAAGCCAUGCUCAAUUAUAUUUCGCAAGAUGAAGAACUGAAGAGUCUUGCUGUUGCAAGCGUUGAGGGUUGUCAAAAUUUCGAAGAUUAUAAGUCUCGAAUUACUGGUGGUUUAUGGGGUGGCGAAUUUGAAAUUUCUACCUUAGCCAAAACGCAUGAAAAAUUGAUUAUUUUAGCUUCGAUAGAAUAUAUCCACGGUGAACUUGAUUGGAAAAUUUCUUAUUAUGAUACUGAAUCUAAUCCAUUGUCUGAAUGCAUUUAUGUUCUUUUUGAUGAAAAAUUACGCCAUUUCGAUCCAUUAGUUGUUAUUAAUAAGAUAGAUUCAAAAGAAAAAUUCAAGAUUUUUAAGCGUGGUGAUCAAACAAUAAGAAAUCUUCUUAUUCGAUUCAUCCGUGAAAACUUUAAUUAUAAGAAAGAAAUAAAAUUUAUUGAUCAAAUCGAAACAUCAUCUGUGACAAAGGGUAAAUCCACAAUUACAAAAGCUCCUUUGUUCUCUAUGAAUCAAAAAUCAAAGACAAGUUCUCAAUUGGCUUUCAAUUAUAAUCAGAAAUGUCAACAAACUGAACCUGUAACAUCAUGUGAGAAGAGAUUUUAUUGUGGUGCUGAAGAUGAAAAUACAUCGAAUUAUAAUCAUAAAUUAUUAGAAACAAGACGAUUCUUCUAUGCUGGACAUAAUAAUAUUGAUUACUAUUUUAAUAUUCUGAAGCAAGAUUUAUUAAAUACUCCUGCUCAAUAUCUUAUGAAGAUUUACCUUUUAAAACGAAAUGAUAAUAACAUAUGCUAUCAUCCUUAUUGGAAAUUUCAAGUACAAUCAAUUGAUAAACAUACAUAUUACUGUAAUCCAAUGGAUAUUGAACUUGAUAUCAAAAAUAAAUUAAUAACUGACCCCGAUGGAACACAACAAUUAAAACUUUCAGUGCUUGUCAAUAGAAUAAUAUACGAUGAGUUGGCGACAAGUACAACAACUAGCAAUGAAUUUGAUAUUGCAAUAAGUCUAUGGCGAAAACAAGCUGAUGAAACAAAAUUUUAUCAAUAUAAUGAUGUAAAAUAUAUAAGAAAUAUCUCAACAAAAGGUAAAUCAAAUAAAGAAUACAUUUAA